AUGCACAAUGUUUCUGAAUGCGUUUAUUUAGACCAAACAGGCUACGGUCCAGACGAUUGGCAUAUUGUUUGGAAGCAUUGCUCUGGGAGAGCCCAGUCCCCUAUAAACAUAAGAACAAACACGGCCCAGAAUGAUCCACAUCUAGGAGGACUGAGAUUUACAAGUGAUAACGAGAAUGGAAAAGUCAGCGGAAAGCUAACCAACAAUGGCCAUGCGCCAACUUUGGCAAUCUCCAAGGUCAAGGGAACGGCGUCGAUGACUGGAGGUCCCUUAGGACAUGGUGUGUAUAAACUUGAGCAAUUUCAUUUUCACUUUGGAUGUAAACAAGACCAAGGAUCUGAGCAUACCGUUAAUGGAGACUCGUAUUCAGGAGAGGUAAGGUAAACUUAGCCUUAAAAACAGCCGAUGUUUCGCGAUUCCACUACUGCGAAAGAACGAGCGGAGGAGUUCCAUAGUGAUGACGCGCAACUACCCAGAUCUGGUCGGGGCGUUAGUGUCUCUAAUUAGUCGGAAAUUUACUUCAUCCAAUCGGAAUUUCGAAACACUAAUCAGAUGUGAGUAGUUGCGCGAAAUCAGUAUGGAAUUUCUGCGCACGCGUUCCUCAGACGUUAUUUCUCAGAGAAACCAGAGAAACCAGUGAUGGCAUCACAUCUUAGUGUUUGCCAAAUCAGUGAAUAGCACUUUUCGAGUGCUUUGAUUGGCUCUCGUAACUCGGAAUGUCCUUGGCUAUUCACUGUUUUGCGCCUGGAGUCAAGGUGGCGUCUCGAAGCUGAGACAUUUUCGGAAGACGAAAUGUGAAAGAUAAGUAAAGCAGUGGUACAAACAAAUACCAAGAAAGCUAUUAACUUUGGCUUGUUGGUGUUUAUUGGUAGGAAGAAAAUUAUUUUCAUGCUGAGUUUGUAGCAAAAUCGUGAAAAUGCACUCGACAAAAUCCCCGAAAUGUUUGUGAAUUGCAAAUAAAGUUCCUACUAAGUGAAGUUUUUAAUUUGCAAAAAGUUGCCUUUUUAUUUUUAUCCAACUGAUUUGGUACAUACUAAAACAAUUAUCCCUCUCAGGGUCGGUGAACAGCGCUAAAUAUAUACAGAGACCCUUCGCGUCUCGGUACAUAUAUCCACCACCACUAUUCACCACCCCUUCGAAGGAUAGUUGUAUAAUAUCUGCUGUUUUCACAGACUAGAGUAAACGUAAUAUAUCGUAAACUCAGCAACAGAGAGUUGUCAGGCAUGAAAAUUACUUCUGACUAGUUAAAAUCAACUUUGUGUUUUCAGCUCCAUUUGGUUACUUAUCACACAAAGUACCCUGAUUUCUCAACCGCUGCGGACAAGGAAGAUGGACUAUCUGUUAUUGGCAUUUUCCUGAAGGUAUAACUCGUUACAAAUUUCAGCGUUGGUUUACGUUCGUUUUGCCAAGGAAGAAUAUAUUAAAUGAGUCUUUACAGGUUUGCACCACAUGGCCAUGAGAGAGUAGAGGGUAUCCAGAAAGAGGCUUUGUCCUCGCCCCUUCCCCUCCACUUAAAUUAUGAUUAUCUUGCAUGAGUCAUAGCAUAGCGCUCUAGCAUAUGAUAGAACCACUCUAGCACUGUCUUCUGCCUCCCCUUCACAAGUUAUGAAUUUCCCCGUGGUGCUGCUCGUCGUACGUUCUAGCCAGUGGACAAAAUUCACAACAAUAAUAUAGCUGAUAAUGUUUAAAUAAACACGGUAGACUUAGAAAGAAAAAAGUCGUGUUUUUUCGCACAUUCUGUUUUUCAAGUCGCGAAGGGCAUGAAUAAGGCCGUAUCUCCCACCGGUAGCGCUUUAGCCUUAUACACUCCUAAACGGCGUUUCAUGUUCUAACCUUUCCACCGAAAAGCAAGAUAAAUCUCUACUGUAGAGCUAGUGGAAGGAUAAGCCAUUAAAAAAAAUUAGAUCUCUAUCACUUUUGUUUCCGACGAUACCGCACAGGUUUUUCUCUAGUUUUUCUCUUUAAUUCCUGGAUGUGUGCGAUAAAUUUAGGGAACAGAAGGUGAUGAUGAUGAUGAUGAUGAUGAUGAUGAUACUGGAAACCCGGAAUUGAGGGUCUUGGCUUGCAAAAUGAGACGGAUUCAAAAGGCGGGUAGGUUCGCGUGAUUACUGUUCACUAAUCCAUUUCCUUAAUCAAAUGGAAAUUAUCUGUUUUACUUGAUGUUUAUGUUGCAUUUUGAUUCGCACUAUGCUACUUAGACUCCUCGAUACAUAAUACAACACACUGAAAUCUGCAAAUCUGAUCGCACUACGUGAAAAUGGAAGAACGAUCAGCUUUAGAGAUUUCAGUGUGUUACGUGUGUUAUAUAUAUUUUUUAUCAGAUCCUGCUUUCUGUGGCCUAUUCGUUUGCGGUCCAUUGCAGUCAAUGUUCAUUCAAUAUAAUCUGUAAAUUUACCUCGUGAUUUUACUCAAUCAAGUAGUAUUAUAUAAGUCAAUCCUUGUAGGAACUCUCACUAUCAUAAAAGUAAAGGAGCUCUUCCCCGAGGGGGAGGGGAGUACUCCCUUAUUAUUUGCCUUAUUGCCAAAUAGGUAUGUGCCGCCCCAAAGUGAUAUGAUUUUUGCGCGGUUUUGUUCUGAAAACGGGUAUAAACUUUGCCUGCCUUGGUCUGAAUUUGGGUAUAGUAAUAUGCUAAUUCAAGGUGGAUUUUAAGAAAUCAUUUUCUUGGCGUUCUAAUCUAAGAUAUGAUAACACAGUUUCUGAUAAAAGGGUAUGGAUUUUAAGGGCCAGGUCUGAAAACGAGUGUGGAAAAUGUCAAUUUUGGGGUCUGAAAUAGGGUAAGGACUUGGAGAACCGGGCGGCACACCCCCACCACGAAUUCCCAGGAAUAACUCCCCCCUCCUGGGGUAGGACUGUGUCCCAAAAUUUAUCAAAAUUUAAACAGUGGGAACCGCCACUAAAAUGAAUGAAAAAUAAAACAAUAACUCCUCAAAAAAAUGAAGAAAAAAGUAUAAAUAAUAACAGCGAAAGAAAAACGGAAGGACAACUUUGAAGAAGAUUGAAGCGGAUCGCAAAUGGCCUGUUAGCCUAACAGUUUUUUCAAAGUUCAAGUUUGUUUGAUAGACUUUUUGGGAGUCAUAUUUGAUUCACGUGAAGCUGUGAUUUUGCCUUUUACAAGCAAUUUCGGGAAUAUUUAGGGACCUUACGAAACUUGCGACAGCGAGAACAACGACAAUAAGUGCAUCACGCUUUUUUGUACAUUUUUUUCCAUUUCCUGCUCGGCUACGUGAAAUGACCAAACAUGAAGAUGAGAACGGCAAGGCGAUAAAUUAUACCAUCUCUGUUUGAACUCGGGCGUGGCCCUUUCUCUUCAGCUCCAACAUAAAGUCCCUUGUUUUAAGUAACUUGUCGACGAAAUGGUUUGAAAGGAUGCGGGAGCUAUUUUUCAGCGACGUUUUCAUUGACGUCGUCGUUGUCGGAUCGUAAGGUCCCUAAGUACGCGUGAUUGACACAUUAAGGACGUCUAUAUGCGCCAAAAAAAGAAGGAUAUAUACGUCCUGUGUGAGGUCACUCAGCUACCCAGGACAUAUACAUACGUCCUCAGACAAAUGAAAUCACCAAAAGUCUGGUCGUUCGAGUUGCCUUGAACAAAUAAACUUCGGUCUUUGAGAAAGGUCGCCGGUUCCGGGGUAUAUUUGGCUCUAUUAAGAAGAUUUUUGUGGUGUGCCAAUUUUGAGCAAUUGCCAUUUUUAUCUGGUCAGGAUCGAUGAUAUAACAAUCACUUGAGCCAUUUCUCAAACUCACUUACAGGUGCAUCGGUCGCCGUACAAAAAGUUUCCCUUUACAACCUGAUUUCUGAGCUGGAAGAUUUGUCGAAGGCGUCAUUUUACUCUUACAAAGGUUCUCUGACCACACCCCCGUGCUACGAGUCCGUGCGGUGGAUUGUACUGAAAACUCCUAUUGAUGCCAGUAAAAAGGAUGUACGAACCUUUCUUACUUGA